UUUAAUAAUCAAAAUACACAUUACCAUUAGAGGUGUCUGUGUAGUUGUUUUUCAUAACUAGGAUACAUGAGAGACAUCAAAAUAUUUACAGUACUAUUUGUUUUAUUUUACAUGCUCCUUCUAUUGUCAUUUUGCCUACUUUCUAAGUAACUCUUCUGUAUAAUGACAUGAAUAAAAAUAUUGCAUAAAUAAAGGAUUGGAUUUUCUUGUGUAGUUUCCUUUUUCUAUUUUCUUUCUCUUUUUCAGUUUUCUCUGUUCCUCUGCUUUCAUUUCUUACAUUUUCAACUCUUCAUUAACUUUCUUGCUAAGGGAAUCUUCGUCGUGGAAUCUGAGGAAACGUCAGUAUGAAAAUCAAGGAAUUUUCCUCGCCAUAAUGAACGAGAGAAUCACUAGAGGCACAUGUUGGUAGAAGAUUUUCUCUGGGGAUUGACUUGAUUGAUUGUUCACAGUUCAUGCUAAACAACCAACCAAACGGCUAUUCUGACUAUUUUUUGAUCCUGUUUCUAAUCUUGUUUCUUAGACUGUGUCUAAGUCUUCCUUUCAGGCUUUGUGAAUUGAAUUCCGAUGUCACAGCCAAGGCAAAAUAAGAUGAUGAGUCCAAACCUUGCAAAACAAGUUGGUGACGCAACCUAUACCAAGAUUUUUGUUGGAGGACUGGCUUGGGGGACUAAGAGAGACACUCUAAAACGCUAUUUUGAUCAGUUUGGGGAGAUCUUAGAGGCCGUUGUCAUCACUGACAAAAUCACUGGAAGAUCAAAAGGAUAUGGCUUUGUGACCUUCAGGGACCCAAAUUCUGCAAUAAGAGCUUGUCAUAAUCCCUAUCCUGUGAUCGAUGGGAGGAGAGCUAACUGUAAUCUUGCAGCUCUUGGUGCCCAGAAAUUUGAUCCAUCUAUAACAGGAAGGCAAAAACUCAGUAGCCCGUCAUGGAAUAUGGCACCAAUUCCAUUGCAAGGCACUUCCACUUAUUAUAACCAGCACAUACCCCACUAUCCAUUUCCGUAUCCAGCCUACAGUCCAACAUUCAGGUAUCCUGGUUAUCCUCACCCACAAGACUUGUAUGAAAUGAACUACAAUAAUGCAUAUGGUGGACAGCAGCUUCCACUCCGUUGGUUGCCAGCAUAUUGCCAACCCUUUUAUGGCCUUGGUAGACAGUUUAUUCCAACAGCAUAUGUGAAAAAGGCACAAACCCCCAACAUGUCACCUCAGGAGUUCACAGUCGUUGGCUUCUCAGAACCUAUUUCAGCUUCUCCCUCAAUUUCCAGCACUGGAUUAGACACAGGAACAGUACCUGCAACAGGAGUGCUAGAAUCCCCCCAAGAACAGAAGUCUUCAACUUAAAGCUAUGAUGUCAAUUGACUAGAAUAGUGAAAGUAAAAAGAAAAAUGACGCUGCUCAAUAAACCAAGAAGCUCUGAGUACAUGCUCGAUGAGGUGGUCCAGCAAAGGAACUAAAUCAAGCAAUAACGUAUUGAGAUUUCCCAUCGAUGGAACAUCUGAUCUUAGAGACCAGACACUGAGGAUGAAAUGAAUUCUGGAUUUGUUCAUUGUCUUUGAACAUUUUUACUUUUCAGCAUUCUAGUGCACAUUAUUCAUUCUUCGGUUUUCCUUUUUUUCUUCAUUUUAAUUUUCUUUUUUAACAUUGGAUUCCUGCUAAGCUAUAGUUGAAAAAGAAAAAAAAAUGUUUGUUAUUAUUCUUUUAUUCUUA